UGCACACAUUUCAUGAACAAGGCGUACAUUCGGGGAAGAUACGUCAAGGUAUCAUUAGUUCGAUCACAAAGGUCUGAAGACACUCGGACUCCAGUGCUACAAGGCCCGACACUUUCUCGUGAAGUCUGGCUGUCUCAAAGACCAUUGCAACCAGCCACAACACGUCAGACAGUUGUCAAUCUGUACGGAAGUCAUUACCAAAUUACAGGACAUGAGGUCCUGCAAUACAGUCUGCAUUGCAGGACAGGACCAGAUUUUGUAGGACUGGACAAAAUGGGGGUGAUGAGUAAACUAACACCCCGAAAUAUGGCUUUGCCAACGGCUGUGGCCGUUGGUUUGUAUGUAGUUUACAGAAACAGAGUUACCAAGAAACAGCUGCGGACAGAAAAAGAAAUCAAAGUAGUUGUGCAUGAGAAGACAGGAAAGAAAGCUGAAAAGGCAGCUGUGGAUAUGGUGUUUGUGCGCCGAAUGGUGAAGAUUUUGAAAAUCCUACUGCCAUCUUGGUUAAGUCCAGAGGUAGGGUACCUUGCAUUGGUGGCAGCUGCCUUGAUUUCUCGUACUUAUGCUGAUGUCUGGAUGAUCCAGAAUGGAACAGCUAUUGAAAGUGCUAUUAUUGGCAGAAACAUGGCACUGUUUAAGAAGCACCUUUUCAAGUUUAUGUGGGCAAUGCCUGUGAUAUCAGUGGUGAACAAUCUACUCAAGUAUGGGUUGAAUGAACUAAAGCUGAGAUUUCGAACCAGACUGUCACGACACCUGUAUGACAAAUACCUCCAGGGAUUCACGUACUACAAGAUGAGUAACCUUGACAACCGGAUCUCCAAUGCUGACCAGCUGUUGACUGUUGAUGUUGACCGCUUCUGUGAGUCUGUCGCAGAACUCUACUCCAAUCUCAGCAAACCAAUACUGGAUGUUGUCAUAUACACAGUCAAACUGACAGAAGGCAUAGGUGCACAGGGUCCCAGUGUUAUGCUGCUGUACUUGGCCUUCUCAGGGAUGGUUUUAACAAGAUUGCGUCGUCCGAUUGGUCGACUAACAGUCCAAGAGCAGAAGCUGGAAGGAGAGUAUCGCUAUGUCAAUUCCCGCAUUAUUACAAACAGCGAGGAAGUCGCCUUCUACCAGGGCAACAGGAAGGAAAAGGACAUCAUUCUCAAAACUUUCCAGAAAUUGGUGAACCACAUGAGAUAUUUCAUAUCUUUCCGACUUCAGAUGGGGCUGGUGGACAACAUUAUUGCUAAAUACUUUGCGACUGUGAUAGGUUACCUUGUUGUAAGUCGACCGUUCCUGAACCUCGCCAAUCCUAAAUAUGAAGAGAGUUCUCAUAGUCAGCGUCUCGAGGACUACUACAAGAGUGGGCGUAUGUUGGUGAGGAUGGCGGAGGCUAUUGGGCGUAUUGUGCUGGCAGGCAGGGAGAUGACCAGACUGGCAGGUUUCACAGCAAGAAUCACGGAGCUGAUGACCGUAUUGGAUGAUCUCAACAACGGGAAAUAUGAGCGGACAAUGGUCACCAACAGGAAUCAUGAAGAUUCAGAGCGUCCCCAUGUGGACUUCAAGCCGGGAAGUGGGAAGCUGGUCUUCCAGGAUCACCUUAUCAGGUUUGACAAAGUGCCUUUGGUGACCCCAAAUGGAGACGUUCUUGUCAAGGAGCUUAAUUUUGAGGUGAAGUCUGGCGUGAAUGUGCUGGUGUGUGGACCAAAUGGCUCAGGAAAGAGCUCACUUUUCAGAAUACUUGGAGAGUUAUGGCCCCUGUUUGGUGGAACUCUUACGAAGCCUGAGAAAGGAAACCUAUUCUAUGUACCCCAGCGCCCAUAUAUGACGGUGGGCACCCUACGAGACCAGGUGAUAUACCCGGACAGCCCGGAUGACCAGGCACGACGGGGCACGAAGGAUGCGGAUCUGGAGGAGAUCCUCCGCAAGGUGCAGCUGGCAUACAUUCUAGAGCGUGAGAAGGGCUGGGAGUCUGUGCAGGACUGGAUGGACGUCCUCAGUGGAGGCGAGAAACAGAGAAUUGCGAUGGCGAGACUGUUUUACCACAAGCCCCAGUUUGCAAUUCUGGAUGAGUGUACGAGCGCGGUGAGUAUGGAUGUGGAGGGUUAUAUCUACCAGCACAGUAAGGAACUCGGCAUCACCCUCUUCACCGUCUCCCACAGGAAGUCGCUAUGGAAACACCAUAAGUAUUACCUGAUGUUGGAUGGCCGAGGAAACUAUGAGUUUAAACCAAUCACAGAAGAAACGUCCGAGUUUGGAUCUUAACAAAAACUGUGUGUAGUACUGAACAAAAAAUAAUUACAUUGAAUGUAUACGGACAUUUUCCGUGCAAAGAUUUCUUUUUAUCGAUUAAUUUGGAGAAUCAACACACCUUUAAAACAACACAUUUUCUUGUGGAUGAAAAUUGUUGUAAACACUGUUUCAUAAAAUAAUUUACCAAUAAAUUUGAAACAUGAUGUAUUUGAUUUCACUUAGUUAUAAAGUUUACUUAGUUGAAGAAAUUCUUGAGUCAGGACUGAGAAAGCUUGAAUAAUGUACAUGUAUGGAAAUCAUUGAUGUCAUAUGUUGUUUUCACGCAUUGAAUCAUUACAAACUACCGGGUAUGUCAAUACAUGUUUAAUUGCAGGGACUUCCUGUGAACUGUUGGCAUUAGAUAGCUGUCGUCUGUACUAGUUCUGUUAGCAUAAUGUCUAUGGUUGUACUUUCUGCUAUUUAUUUUUAUACUUGAUUUUGUAUUUGAUCAUGUGUUUAUGUAUGUGUCGUAGGCAUUUUAGUGUAUAUAUUCACUCCCACAGUUUUAUAAAUACUAUUACUUAUUAAAACUCUUGUUUUUCAAACCAAGGUGAUACAUAGUAAAAAAGUUUUCAUGAUUGGGUAAUACAUGUUUGAGGAUUUAUUACAUGUAGAUAUUUAUCAUUGUACUGUUAUGGUCUUCUUGAUUGUACUAGCAUUGUUCUUUCUUUAUAUGAUAUUGGAUAUACAUACAAUAGAAGAAACUCCGAAAAAAAAGUAAAGUGCAUUCAAAUGUACUUCAAUAUAAAGUUUUAAAGAUGAAUUAAACAGUUGUUCUGUUUUGAUUCGACAGUGUUGGUGAUUUUUAACAAUAACUCUGAUAUAUUGAUUUGUGGGGACUGUUUUUGUCAGUACAGGUGUACCUGUUUGUGGGACGUUGUUAUAAAGCAUUUGUCCAACUGAUCAUGACGAUCCAGUGAAAAUGUACAUUAUUAUUUGAUAUUAUUGUAAACUUCUUAACAUAAAUCCGCAAAAUAAAACAUUCGAACUCA